AUGAUCGCCUGUGUGGGUUCGCAUGACCGCCCAGACGCCGCCGGCCGCAAGGCAACACUCGAGCGAGCGAGGGCUUGCUGCAAAAGGCGGGCGCCGGGAACCCGCUCAACCAACCCCCUCCCCGACCCAACAGCAUGGGAGAAACGUCAAGCCCGAAACGGGCCGGCCCUGGCUAGGCAUGGAGUGAACCAACAACCUGCGCAGUCGGCGUCUUCUGUUUCUUUGCUUUUGGUCCUGUCUUAUUUUGUUUUGACCGGCGGAAUACGAGGCUCUUGA